GAGGGAGGACUGGUCUGCGCAGCCUGCUAUAUAUAACGCACACUAGAGCCCGGCGUGGAGCCUCGGCGACUAGUGCGUGUGCUCUGAAAUACUCCACGAACUCUCUCGGACAGGACCUCAGUGAGCAGUCCGCUCCAGAUGACCCUGUGACCUCUACAGCCAAAAGACUGCUGAUUCCAAGUGGAGCCCAGUAUUACUUUUUUCAGAAUCAUCGGUAAAACCCCCCCCUCUGGCCCCCAGCAGGCCAUGGAGGGACUCUACUUUGAAGUGAAGCCCCAGAGAGAUGAACCCUCUGGGCUGGGGAGCUCCGAGAACCCCCCCCCUAAAAUAACUCCCAACAACCGCUGCGUCGUGUGUCCAUCGCGCCCGCGUCGGGCCUUUUCCGCACCGUGUCCCCACAAACCGUCUCCGAGGAUGAGACUUUCCUCGUGUGGGGGGAAGGUGGAGGAGGAGCCGGAGGAGGAAGUAGAAUACAGACUGACGUUGAUCGGCUCCCUUCCCGUCCACCACCUGACCACCAUGGCCAUGCUGCCCUGGGUGGUGGCCGAGAUCAGCAGGCGUGCUCAGAAGAGUCCGGGGCCCGCGCCACACUGCGGGGGCCCAUCGGGCCCCUCCUCCCUCAACCAGUCGGUGUUUCUGAGCGUGUCGGCGUCGCGCGUGUGCUGCGUGUGUGUCCUGGCCGAGGGGCCCGGCUGGGACCCGCUGACGCGCACAGUGCUGUUCGAGUGCCGGCCCCACCAAGUGACGAAGCUCAUUCACAACAGCCAGGAGCCCGGAAGCUUCGGCUGCCUGGUCAGAGAGGCCCCCAGCUGCUCCUGCUACGUCUUCCGGGGCCACAACAGCACCAAGGUUCCUGAGAUUAUCAGUACGUUGAGGCAGGCCGGCAAGAGCUCGGCGCGUAGCGAUGUCAUCGCCCCGGUUUCCGUUAAAACGUCCUCUGGGAGCCACGACCCCUCCGAGGCCUGUCACACGGCGGCCUCCGCCGCCAUCUCGCCGACAGCCUUCGCCAAGAAGUUUGAGGUGUUGUUUUGCGGCCGCGCGAGCGUCGCCCACAAGAAGGCCCCGCCCGCCCUGAUCGACGAGUGCAUCGAGAAAUUCGGCCAGAUGCACGGGUCGGGGUCAAGCGACGGUGGAGGAACCGCAGGGGGGUCGGCGCGCGCGCCUCAGAGGGCGUCUUUUCAACCCAACGGACUCUGGGGGGCUGACGUCCGUAACGGGGCCACGGGGAGCCCGACUGCCGGGAAGCGCCCAGCCCUGUUCAAAAGGGAUCCCAGCUUCCCCUGUCUGCAGGCCCUCGAUGAGAAUGGACUCUCGCCUGAGAUCUCCCACACCAACACUACUGAGGCCCAGGGCCACUCGGCUGAAGUGCAGCCCACCAGCCUGCAGGAGAACCGGACCAUGCUGUUUAUGGUGGGAAGGUCUCAGAUCUUCUUGGUCAGUCCAGACACUAAGAAAGUUGCCAUAGAGAAGAGUUUCAGAGAGAUCUCCUUCUGCUCGCAGGGUAUCUGUCACGUGGAUCACUUCGGCUUCAUCUGCCGGGAGACAGUGGAGGGGGGAAGCUGCCACUUUGUGUGCUACGUCUUCCAGUGCACCGACGAAUCACUGGUGGAUGAGAUCAUGCUGACUUUGAAGCAGGCUUUCUCUGUGGCUGCCCUGCAGCAGAAUGUGAAGACCCAGAGGCAGCAGUGUGACGGCUGCCCCAUGCAGCAGCUCCACAGACUGUGUGAGAGGAUCGAAGGUCUGCAUGCCUCUAAAACCAAGCUGGAGCUUCAGAGUCACCUGGCCACUCUGGACAACGAGGAGCAGGCGUCUGUCUUUGAAAACACUAUGAGGGCUUGUCCUAAGAGCGACCAGGAAGAGAACGAGCUGGUGAUGGCCUCUUUGAGGGUUCUGUAUGAGGAGAAGCAGAGGAGCCAUCAGCACACUCUGCCUGGUGACAGCAAGCAGGUGUGUGAGGAGGCGGCUCCGGCCCCGGUGGAUUCCCAGCAGAGUAGCAGUCGGCAGCGACUCGAGCAGUUCAAGAGCCGAGCCAAGCGCUCGCUCACAGAGUCCUUGGAGGGGAUCUGGAAGGGAAGCAGCAAGGCCCGAGCUCAGAGGGACAACAGUGUAGUAGGGGACAGCGGCUCUUCCGUUUGUGCGCUCAACUGUGACCAGUCUUGUCUAGACGACCCUUUGCCCGCCCCCUCCCAGCUGAGACCCACCAGCCCACUUAGGUGCCACAAUUCAACAGGGGACCUGAAGCGCCUCGACUCCUCUCUCCCCCCAGCCGCGUCCUUUCAACCCAGUGACGCUCAUCCUCAAGGCUUCCGUCGACGGGCCAGCACCUUCAGCCACCCUCCCACCCCUUCCUCUGCCGAGAACUCGCCGCUGCACGCUCUGACUCGCACGUCGCAGGACCUCGCUGCGGCCAGCAAGCCCAAGCUCGUACGACACUACUCCGUCAGCACUGAUACGCCGCACCAGAGCAAACAACUCCCAACCGACUCCGCCCUUCCUCCUGUACCUCCCUGCCCUUCAUCUCCCUCUCCUCUUCUUCCUUAUCAUCCUUCCUCACCGUCUAGUGGAGCGCGGCUCAAUAAAAGAGGUCCUUUGGUUGGUCUACGCGCUCGCCUCCGCUCCUCCUCCUCUGUCCCUAACUUUCUGAAAUUUCCAUUUUUGGCACCUGUCCAAGAGAAUGAGUGUUCCGAUGUACCAAAGAUGAGUGAUGUAGUGGCUCUGUCUACUCCGAGUGCAGCAUGUGGUGUAGCGGAAAGCCCUCUCCGUAGCUACCGCCACUCGUGGAGGCAGCAGAUCUUCCUACGGGUCGCCACUCCACAGAAGAACACAGACCCCAGUGAGAGGGGGGACCCCUGCUUGGAAGGGGGGCGGCUGAGUGCUGGCCAGGAGGGAGUCGGAGGUAGCGGGGAGCCGUCAAUACGACCAGUGGCCGAGGAGAGGAGGAGGAGCAAGGAGGAGCUGAGGGAGCUCUGGAGGAAGGCCAUCCUGCAGCAGAUCCUCCUGCAGAGGAUGGAGAUGGAGAACCAGAAGCUACAGGCCUCAGAAUGCGAUCUGCAGAACAAACGCCUGAAGCUGGACUACGAGGAAAUCACCCCGUGUCUGAAGGACGUCACUCUGGUCUGGGAGAAGAUGCUGGGUACUCCUGCAAGGGCAAAGGUCAAGUUUGACACAGAGGCCAUCCACAGCGCCGUUGCACAAGGCGUCCCACGGCAGCACCGGGGCGAGAUCUGGAAGCUUCUGUCCGAACAGUACCUGCUCAGGCAGACGGUCCCGUCCCGGCCGCCCACCAAUCCCACUCCGUACAAAGACCUUCUGAAGCAGCUUACCACGCAGCAGCACGCCAUCCUCAUAGAUCUGGGUCGCACUUUUCCCACUCAUCCGUAUUUCCAGGGCCAGCUGGGGGCUGGUCAGCUGUCUCUGUACAAUCUACUGAAGGCUUACUCCCUGCUGGACCCCGAGGUGGGUUACUGCCAGGGCUUGUCCUUCAUUGCUGGAGUGCUGCUGUUACACAUGGGGGAGGAGGACGCCUUCUACAUGCUCAAAUUUCUCAUGUAUGACGUGGGGCUCCGCAAACAGUACAGGCCUGACAUGAUUAUCCUGCAGAUCCAAAUGUACCAGCUGUCACGUCUGCUCCACGACUACCACCGGGACCUCUACAUCCACCUGGAGCAGCAGGAGAUCGGGCCCAGCCUGUACGCCACGCCCUGGUUCCUCACUGCCUUCGCCUCGCACUUCCCUCUUGGCUUUGUGGCCAGAGUCUUCGAUAUGUUGUUCCUGCAGGGGUCGGAGGUCAUCUUCAAGGUGGCCAUGAGCCUACUGGGGAGCCACAAGCCUCUGAUCCUGCAGCAUGAGAGCCUGGAGUCCAUCGUGGACUUCAUCAAGACCACCCUGCCCAAUCUGGGCCUGGUGCAGAUGGAGAAAACCAUCAACCAGGUGUGUCAGAUGGACGUAUCCAAGCAGUUGCAGGCCUACGAGGUGGAGUACCACGUCCUGCAGGACGAGUUGGUGGACACACCCCCGACCCUCACCCAACAGCAGCGAGCCGCGCAGCUGGAGAGGACCAAUCAGAGCCUGCGGCAGCAGAACCUGGACCUGCUGGAGGAGCUGCAGGUGUCACACGCCCGUGUCUGUAGCCUGGAGGGCCAAGUGGAGAUCCUGGCCCAGUCCGAGGGGCAGCUGAGGGAGCAGGUCACCGCGCUGGAGGGGGAGAAGGAGCAGCUGGCAAGCACCGUCAGGCACCUUCGGGACAUACUCACUGGCCUCGGCAUACAUACCACCCCCGAAGGACACACGCCUCCUCCCCCCCACCCAGAAGACAAGCAAAGACUGGGGGCUGUGAGGGGGGAGUGGGGGGGAGGUCAGUGUCAGGAGACACGUUAGGAUGACUCACUAACUUCACCUUUGUCAUCCCCCGGGCUCCAGAAUUUAAAAAAAGAAAGGAGAAUUGUAGAAAGGGUGGUAUCCUUGAGUGUUUUUCCCCAAGGUGACCACUUGCUGCUCUAACACCUCCAAAUGAACAACACCCCAAAGGUAGCACUGUCCCACUGGGCCUCUACUGUAAGAACAACGUGUUCAUUGGCACCUAACUAUGUAUGUAUGUAUGUAUGUAUGUGCCUCUGUGUUGGAUGCAAUAAGGCUUUCAUAGCCAAAGAAUGUCCUUAUUAUAAAACAAGCUUGAACAAAGAUUCAGAGCCUGAAACGAUACGUUUCCGAUCAGUUUCACAAGAAUUGUACUGAGAUGUUUCCAAAGAAAAGCUAAGCUGGCAAAAGAAAGUGAGGUAAUAGGGACUGGUGAAGAAAUUUACUUCAUAACUUUUUUCUGUUAAAUAAGUUCUAGACAUACGCUAAAUUAUAUCAAAUCUUGGAAGGUGGUGCUCAUAAUCAGGUCAAAGGUGAACUGUAUUUUAUUUCUCUUUCUUGUCUUACUCUGCCUGUGUAUCAGGGUUGGUGUGUGUCUUUUGAACUGAAAACAACUGAUUCCACCAUUUCACCUUCAGUCUUUUUGCCUUUGAGACACAAGUCGGCCCGUCCCUGUCCAAAGGAAAGGGACGCAUUCAAAGUGCUUCGAAACCCUCUCUCCAAACGUGGACAGCUCCUUGGUACAGAUGACUGCUCCUGAGUCACUUACUGUAUUCAACACACUGAAGGUGCAGCCUGCUGUGUUCCUGUUGAUUUACACUGUAAAGAUAUUAAGCUUUUACGCCUGACUCUCUUGCACAUGCGUUUUGUUUUUAAUUGACACUAUUUUCACCAUGUACUUAAAAAAAAAAACAAAAAAACAUUUCCUACUUUCAGCACUCGCGUCCGAACAUGCCAGUCACCUGGAAUGCUCAGAGCUUGAUUUGAGGUUUUGAGCUUAUGGGAAAUAUACAAUACACAGUAUUUAAAACACAGAUGUGCAUUUGUGUCC